AUGGGGAGCGGGUUCAGGAGUGAGGAGGUGUGUUUAACCCAGCUGUUCCUGCAGUCCGGAUCAGCUUAUGAGUGCAUCAGUGAACUGGGAGAACUCGGACUGGUCGAGUUCAGAGAUCUCAACCCGAGUGUAAACUCCUUCCAGCGCAAGUUUGUCAAUGAGAUCAAGAGAUCGGAGGAAAUGGAAAGGAUUCUUGGAUAUCUUCUGAGAGAGAUCAAGAAGGUGGACAUCCCUCUGCCUGAGCAUGAAGUGAACCCUGUGGCACCGCUACCCAAACAUGUGAUGGAGAUUAUGGAGCAGCUUCAGCGACUGGAGCUCGAGCUCAGUGAAGUCAUGAGGAACAAGGAGAAGCUGCAGAAGAACGUGCUGGAACUGACCGAGUAUUCACACAUGCUGCGCAUCACACGCAACUUCGUGCACCGCUCCGCAGAGAGAGAGCCCUUGGCGGUGCAGUAUGAAGAGUUUCCUUUCCUGGAGAAAGACUCCGCCAUGGACUACGCCAGCAUGCAGAGGCUGGGGGCCAAACUCGGGUUUAUCUCAGGCCUGAUCCCGAGAGUGAAGAUCGAGGCGUUUGAGCGAAUGUUGUGGCGAGUGUGCAAAGGCUACACCAUCCUCAGCUACGGCGAGGUCGAGGAGAACCUGCUAGACCCCAACACUGGCGAGUCCACCAGAAGCGUAGUGUUCCUCAUUUCCUACUGGGGCGAACAGAUCGGUCAAAAAGUCAAGAAGAUCUGUGACUGCUACCACUGUCAUCUGUACCCGUACCCCAACAGUAAUGAGGAGAGGGCUGAUGUAGUCGAAGGACUUCGCACUCGGAUUCAGGACCUGCACACCGUGCUUCAGCGGACGGAGGACUACUUAAGGCAGGUAUUGAACAAAGCCUCAGAGUCAGUGUACACCUGGGUGAUCCAGGUCAAGAAGAUGAAGGCCAUCUACCACAUUCUCAACCUCUGCAGCUUCGACGUGACAAACAAAUGCCUGAUUGCAGAGGUGUGGUGCCCCGUGAAUGACCUGCCUGCUUUGAGAAGGGCUCUGGAGGAAGGAUCGAGAAAAAGUGGUGCGACCGUCCCUUCCUUUGUGAACCGCAUCCCCAGCAACGACACCCCGCCCACUCUCAUACGAACCAACAAGUUCACUUCCGGAUUUCAGAACAUAGUGGACGCCUACGGAGUGGGAAGCUACAGGGAGGUGAACCCAGCUCCGUACACCAUCAUCACGUUUCCGUUCCUGUUCGCCGUGAUGUUCGGUGACCUCGGCCACGGGCUGGUCAUGCUCCUGUUUGCCCUCUGGAUGGUCCUCUGUGAGAACGAUCGCAAGCUGAAUAAGACCAGGAACGAGAUCUGGAACACAUUUUUCGAGGGUCGCUACAUCAUCCUGUUGAUGGGUGUUUUCUCAGUGUACACCGGGUUCAUAUACAACGACUGCUUCUCCAAAUCUCUCAACCUGUUCGGCUCCGGGUGGAGCGUCAAAGCCAUGUUCGAGCAGGGACCGUGGGAGAUGGACACAGUCCACUCAAACAGUUUCCUGACACUUGACCCUAAUGUUACAGGGGUCUUUAAUGGUCCGUAUCCUCUGGGCAUUGAUCCAAUUUGGAACCUGGCAUCAAACAAACUCACGUUCCUGAACUCCUAUAAGAUGAAGAUGUCUGUGAUUUUGGGCAUCAUUCACAUGAGCUUCGGGGUCAUCCUGGGGGUCUUUAACCACCUGCACUUCAGGAGGAAGUAUGCUCUGUACCUGGUGUUCCUGCCUGAGCUGCUCUUCCUGCUCUGUCUCUUCGGCUACUUGGUUUUCAUGAUCACUUACAAAUGGUUGGUGUUCACGGCACAGGAGUCGCAGAGAGCUCCCAGCAUCCUCAUCCACUUCAUUAACAUGUUCCUCAUGCAGGGAGGCUCGGGCCAGCCUCUUUACCCGGGACAGACCGGACUACAGAUCUUCCUCCUGCUCGUUGCGGUUCUCAGCGUUCCGGUGUUGUUAUUAGGGAAACCCUUGUAUCUCUACUGGCUUCACAAAGGACAGAAUCACAUGGGCCAGUACAGGGUUGUGUCGUGUGUGAAGGGAUACGAGCGAGUACGGCGGAGCAGCGACGAGGAGAUCUCUCUCAUGCGCGCCCAUGAUUUAGAAGAGGGCACCAGCCUGGACAGUCAGUCCAGUGAUCCAGACAACCACUCUGAAGAGCUGGAUUUUGCAGAUGUGUUCCUGCACCAGUCCAUCCACACUAUUGAAUACUGUCUGGGCUGCAUCUCAAACACGGCGUCCUACCUGAGACUGUGGGCACUGAGCCUGGCACAUGCACAAUUAUCAGAGGUGCUGUGGGCCAUGGUGAUGCGUGUUGGAUUGCAGGUGGACAAUGGCGUUGGUGUGCUGUUACUGGUACCCGUGUUAAGCCUCUUUGCUGUCCUUACUGUGUCCAUCCUGCUGGUGAUGGAGGGACUUUCUGCCUUCCUGCAUGCGCUGCGCCUCCACUGGGUGGAGUUCCAAAACAAGUUCUACAGCGGUGCCGGGACCAAGUUCGCCCCGUUCGCUUUCUCCCUCCUGCACACGAGUUUUGAGAGCGAAGGACUGCUGUGAGGACUGUGAUUUCACUCCGUCCUGAGGAACGGAGUCGUACAGAAGCGCCCGAGUGAUCUGGAACAGAUCGAGCCUCGAUACUGUAAACGUUCCUGUUCUGAUGAAUGUAUAUGACGUGUUUGUUGCACUGACUGCCUUAGAAGUCCAGCCACAUGCCGAGAUCUGCCGGGACACCAGAUCAGAGGCAGGGACGGGCGAUUAUAGGCACUGGAACUAAGCUGAUUUCAGUUGAAUGAUUGAUUGUACUAUAUUGGUAUAACUGAUCGGUGUUUUGCAUUGUGCCUAAUUGCUUUGUGAACUCUUUUUAACACAUGAACUGGUAAACUGACGGCUGAGAACUGAGGUGAAUAUAUUAGCUAGCUAGAACAUACCUGGUUUUUUUCCCCUUUGACUGCUCCUGUAUCCACAUAUCAGACUUGACACAGUUUUUACUCUGGAUGCCCUUCCAGACGCAACCCUCCUAUUUCUAUCCGGGCUUGGGACCAGCACUGACUGUGCAAUGACAAGUGCACCUCUCAAUGGCAUGGCUGUUUUGGCCAUCCCACAAUUACAGUUAAAAAAAAAUUCUAUACACACCGAUCAGCCACAACAUUAAAACCACCUCCUUGUUUCUACACUCA